GGUUGUGUGCUGAACAUAUUUUCAUCUAUUUAUUGUGAAUAUUUAUUAACUUAGUAGUAAAAAUGAAUAUUUCAACCAACGAAGGCAAUCCAAAUGUAUUAAAAUUAGUAAUUGCAGCUAAAAUGGCUCAACAAUCUUUUACCGUGAAAACGGUACAACCAAAAGUAAGCUUCUUGGGCCGUUUACCUUUUAUUGAACUAUCAUCCGGAUUAGUGCUGUUUAGUACUAAUGCAGCAAUGCAGCUCUUAGUAUCUUCCCCUGAAGAUUCAAAAGUUGUUACUAAUAAAUGGUUGGAAUGGGAAGCAUCUCAGUUACAGCCAUCAAUAGCAGUUUAUGGUAGUACAGGAACUUAUAAAACUGCAAAUAAGUCAUGUUUAUGGUCUUUAUUAAAAGAACUGAAUAUUGCAUUAAAAGACAAAAAGUACUUAAUUGAGGAUAACAAUGAUUUAUCAUUGGCAGAUGCUUGCAUUUGGGUAACUAUAUGGUCCACUAUAUUGGUUACAGACAUUGGAAAUGAAUUAUGUAAAGAAUAUGUAUCUAUUAAAAACUGGUUAUCAAAUAUUGAAUUACUGCCAAUUAUUCAGAAUUCUCUCAAAGAAUACAAAUUUCAAAGAGGUUUAAAAGCAAUUCUCAGUGUUCAAGCUGUAUCUUGGUUUCCUGCUAAUACUGCUGUAAUUUCUCGAUCAGCCCCAAAUUCUAAACCAACUCCAAGUGAUGUUAGUCCAACUAAAGAAAAAGAAGUAGAAACAAUCAGUCAAGAAGAAAUACAAAAUAUUACAAGUAAUUGGUCAUCUACAUCAUACCCUGAGAUGAAAAACUCUUCCUAUCCUGUAUUACCGAAGAAAGGUGAAAAAAAUAUCCUAAUAACAUCAGCCUUACCUUAUGUUAACAAUGUUCCUCAUUUAGGAAAUAUUAUUGGUUGUGUUCUUUCUGCUGAUAUUUUUGCGAGAUAUUGUAGACAAAGAAAUUAUAAUACCCCGUGUUAUUUAUUAAAUUUUACAAUAACUAUUAUAUAUUAUAUUAGUGGCACUGACGAAUAUGGUACUGCUACAGAAGCUAAAGCUUUAGAAGAAAAGACGACGCCUCAAGCUAUUUGUAACAAAUUUUUUGAUAUACACAACGAUAUUUAUCGAUGGUUUCGAAUAGGAUUUGAUUAUUUUGGUCGUACUACUACGCCAGAACAAACAGAAAUUGUGCAAUCAUUUUUCUUAAGAAUAAAAUCGCAAGGAUAUAUAUUAAACGAAACGGUAGACCAACUCCUUUGCGAGUCCUGUGAUAGGUUUUUAGCGGAUAGAUUUGUAGAAGGAACGUGUCCAAGGUGCAAAUACGAAGAUGCACGUGGUGAUCAAUGCGAUGGAUGUGGUCAUUUAGUGAAUGCAACAGACUUAAUAUCUCCGCGAUGUAAAGUAUGCAGUAGUAGGCCUAUUGUUAAAAAAUCGGUGCAGUUCUUUUUAGAUUUACCUAAGUUAGAAGACAAGUUAAAGGAAUGGUCCCCAACCGUAGAGAAAGGAUGGUCGAGUGUUGCGAGAGUAGUUGCAAAACCGUGGUUACGCGAUGGACUUAAACCACGGUGUAUAACAAGGGACUUGAAGUGGGGAAUACCUGUUCCAGUAGAAGGUUACGAAAAUAAAGUGUUUUAUGUUUGGUUCGAUGCACCUUUUGGCUAUAUCAGUAUUACAAAGAGAUACACACAGGAAUACGAACAGUGGUGGAAACCUAAAGAUGUACAAGUAGAUUUAUAUCAGUUUAUGGCAAAAGAUAAUGUUCCAUUCCACGCAAUAAUGUUCCCUGCUUGUUUAAUAGCAGCUAAUGAAGGACAUACUUUAAUAAAGCAUUUAAUGGCAACAGAAUACCUCAAUUACGAAGAUACAAAAUUUUCUAAAUCGAGAGGUAUCGGAGUAUUUGGAACUGAUGCUAGAGAUACGGGUAUACCAGCUGAUGUUUGGCGAUUUUAUCUUGCAUAUGUUAGACCCGAAACUCAAGAUUCUAAUUUCAAUUGGGUGGAUUUAGCAACUAAAAACAAUAGUGAAUUAUUAAAUAAUUUUGGAAACUUUGUUAAUAGGGCCUUGGUAUUUGCGGAAAAAUACUUUGACUCUAAAGUACCGCUAAUAGAACUUCAAGAAGAUGACUUGGUACUAUUGGUAUUAGCGCAACGCGAAUUAUCAUCUUAUGUACAUUCUAUGAAACAAGCUAAAUUACGCGAUGGUUUAAAACACGUUUUAGCAAUUUCAAAGCAUGCAAAUGUAUAUAUGCAAUUUCAAGAGCCAUGGGUGAAAAUCAAAGGAACUGAUAACGAUAAAAAAAGAGCUGGCACGAUCAUCGGUAUUUGCUGUAAUUUGGCAUGUCUUUUAUCAGCCCUUUUGGCUCCAUUUAUGCCGAAUACUGCUCGUGAAUUAAGAUCGCAACUAGGAUUGGAUAAUAAUCAUUACGGUUAUAUUUCCGACGUUAUUACAAAUAUACUUCCAACGGGACACAAAAUUGGUAAACCAUCUCCCUUGUUUAAAAAGAUAGAAGAUAAAGACGUAGAAGCAUUAAGAAAGAAAUACGCUGGAAAACAAGAAACUGAAAAUAACGGUGAAAAUAGCGAUAUAAAGUCUUUGGAAAGUGAAGUUGCAGAACUGGGUAAUAAAGUUAAAGAACUGGUAGCCAAACACGAAGGUCAGAUAUUCUCAAAUUUAAAGAAAAUGUUUACUGAUAUCAUAGGUGAAAAAAGUAAGUCUCCUGAAUCGAAAAGUAAAAAAUCUGACCUGGUUUUCGUACCUGAGCAAAAUGGAGAUGCUUCAAUGGAUGUAGCAAGCUUGGAAGCAGCUAUUGCCAAACAGGCAAAUUUGGUACGUGAAUUGAAAGCAAAAGAAGAAAAAUCAGUGUGGCGACCUGAGGUGGAAAAGUUAUUGAAUCUGAAGAAACAAUUAGCAGAUCUCAAUGGUACAGCUCCAGCUCCGACUGACAAAAAAUCAAAGAAAAAGAAGUAG